CUCGCCCCAGCCAGGCUCCCCUCAGUCCGCGGCUGGCGUCCCCUUCCCCUCUCCCGCACGCGAGUCCUCUCCUCCCGGGCUUCCUCUCCUCGGCCGCCGACCCGUCCCCGUCCCUGGGCGGGCUGGGUCUGCCGACCCAGACGGGGGCGGGCGGCUGGGGCUGGGGCUGGCCUCCGAGCGGGGCUGCAGCCCGCGUCACCACCCCAACCCCGCUUUCCCUGCCCCGCGACCCCGGGGCUGCCCUCCUCUCCCUUUCCCGCUCCCUGAGGACCAGCUCAGCGGCGUGGGCACUGCUCCCCGGGCUGAGAGCCUCUGGCUGUAAAGCCCAGCUUCUCCUGGGGGAGUCGAGAAUAGGGAGCGCCAGUGCUGAGCGAGCUUCCGUCUCCUCCCUCAGUGUUUCUGCCCUAGGGCCUGCAACAUGAGCAUCCCUGACUACGUGCAGUGGGCUUAGGACUACGAGACUCUCCCCGUGGUGGUCCAACCCAUGGGGAUCAUCUCAGAGGAGAAUUUCUUUUGCAUCUAUAAGCGAAUCUCCUUGGUGAGCCAGAUCAGCCCGUGCGGCUCCCAGUGGGCACUCUGUAUCCACUACAGGCACCACUAUGCGCCCGAGAAUGGGUGGAGCGACUUCCAGACCCACCGCAAGGUCGUGGGCCUUGUCACCAUUACCGACUGCCUCUCGGCCAAGACCUUCGAGAAGCUCCACGUGCAGAGGAGCUGUAUGGCACCACGGCUUAAUGACUCUCAGCUCUUUGUCUUUGUGCUGCAUGGGGAGGUAGCCGAGCAGCCGUGCACCGACGUGGCCUUCAAUCUACGAGGACUGCAGGGUGGUGGAGAAGAGGAUCGAGGACUUCACUGAGUCACUCUUCAUCUUGCUCAAGUCCAAGUGGCUGGGUGGGGCCCCUGACAAGUCUGGGGACAAGAUCCCCCUCCUCUGCGUCCUGUUUGAGAAGGAGGACUUCAUGGGACUGGACACAGACAGCAGGGCCCUGUGAUCUACACGCCCGUGCUCCCCUUCUGCUCCUUGGAGAUGAGGUGGCAGGUUUAGGAGCCUGGGCACUGCUGAGGGCACAGCUGCCAGCACCGUGCUACACCGAGGCUGGCUCCAUUCACCUCACCUGUCACCUCCUGCUGAGGUCCCACGUGUUAGUCAAGUGCCCUGUGAGCAUGUUGUUGCGUCUGAAAAGGUGGGCUGUGCACACCCUGCACUGGAAAUAGCCAGAUCGCUCUCUGUGCUGUCUCCAUCGCUUUAAAAAGCAAAAACUUAACAGCUGCCUUGAUCCGUGGAUUAUCCUAGUCAUCUUUUUAUUUUCUAAUUUUUUGGAAUAUUUGCUUUGUUAACACAUCACCCACUGGUGUUUGAUACCUGUUAAAAUCCUUACUUUGAGGAACCUGUUUGGUCUUCCUUAUAUUUGGUGACAAAUGCGCCCUUAUUAAAUUUCUUUGAUUGUUUUGAAGAAGUGAGAUGCGAAUUGAUUUAGGCGGCUGCUGUGAGAUCCUUUUCAUGGAGUAUUUAAACUUGUAAAGUCAAAGUCUGCAGCAUCUUGCUCGAUUCCUGCUUUUACACAAACGUGCUCGGCACGCGGUUCCUGGCUGUCGCUGUGUGACGUGCGUGACGGCGCUUCCUGGCCGGCGGUCACUGCUUACAGGUGCCCUCACCUCCAGUGGCAUCCAUCCAGACACCAGCACUGACACUGGCCGUGCUCAGAACUGCCUCAGCCAUGAAUACACAACUGACAAAUAGAAGGGGGUCACGCCCUGUUACAGCAGGUGCUCUCACUUUGUGGGUCCUUAUGUAACUGCACGGUGUUAUUCAGGAUCGCCCGUUCUACAUUGUGUGACACUGCUGCGGUGUCUCCUAGUUAUUUGUUUCUGCCAAUAAAUCGGGAGAUGAGGUGUUGGAGCAAGGAAUAGUGACUUUAUUUGAAAGGCUGGCAGACCCAGAAGAUGGCAUACUGAUGUCCUGGAGAACCGUCUUCCCCAAGUCAGAAUUCAGUCUCCUUUUAUACUAAAAAGGGGUGUGGGUGUGUUUGGUUGUUGCAAACUUCUUGCUGUACAAAUUGUUUGUCCUUGGAAUCCUUUGUUCUUGCAGCUGUCCAUGUGGGUCAAAUCAUGGUGCCCCUGUAAAACCUCCAAAAAAAACAAAGGUUAUUCUCUAUUUUGCAACUUGCCAUCUCUAUAUAAGUGCAGAAGAGCUAACAUCCUUAAAGAUCAGAGCCCAGAGAAUAGGCUCUCCUGGAUAUUUCAGGCUAAAGGCAACUUUCUUUUACAAAAGGAUCUGAGAAACAGGAGCAAGGAACUCAGGGAGAGAUCCAGGAAGAUAUCUGACUGUGUUAAGAGACGAUAGUCACAGUGACACGGGGAGUGAAGACACUUGCAGCAAAGUAAAAUAACUUCACAACUUUUGCAUCAGAGCUGCAGGUGUGAGAGAGCCUAAGCCUGUCUCAGAGUGCAGGGGACAAGCGGAAAGGAAUGUGUAAGAAUGCCGGUGACUCAGUUAGAAGCAUGCUUCCAAGCUGUCCGUGUCCUUGCCAUCCAGAAGCAGAGCCUGGAAGCUUCCGAAUUUCUCCAGAAUGCGGUUUACAUUCACCUUCGACAGCGUUCCGAGGAGAGAAUUCAGCAGUGCAGCAUCCUCUCCGAGCUCUAUGAGUUGAUCGGCUUCCACUGCAAGUCCGCCUUCAUCAAGCGGGUGGCCCCCAUGCAGCGCACGGCCCCCGGCAUCUCGGAGCCUGGCGGGAAGACCUGCUACCGACUCCUUCUGCAGACGCUUCCUGGCUACAGUCUGUCGCUGGACCUGCAGGACUUCAGCAAAGUGUAUGAAGAUUUUCCAUCAGACCGUUUGCUCAGCCUUUUCCUGAAUGAGGGAUUGAAUUUUCCACAGGAAGUCUUAUGAAAGAGAGUGACAAGGCACAUGGGUUUCCCAAAAAGCAGUAGUUGAUGUAAUAAACUCUCACAUUGGUGAACUUUUUGAUUACAAGCGGCUUGAAAAUUUUAUCACUAGGUCAUAUGCCACAAAUCUGUCUUAACAAUAAAAAGAUUCAGAUUUUAUAGAAGAAGCAGUUUGAAUCAAGUAGAAAUUAUAAUUUGUACACUAUUUGGUGUUAGAACUUAUACUCAGUCUUAUCAUAAUUGCCUGUGGUAGGAACUGGAUCAUUAUUUAUUUAUUUAAAAAAAAUGCACUAGGUGCUAUUUGCCCCAUUCUUGAUGCGGCAGUGCUGAGGUUAGUUAAGUCGGGCCGUUUAGAAUGCUUAGCUAGGUUUUCGGGACAUUGAUUUCAGCCUCUUUAUCUUUUUUAGAAUCUCUUAUUUUGUGUCGGCCUUUGGUCUUUUGACAACGUGGAAACACUGCAGGGAUCUGUCUUUCCCUUUUUUCCUGUCUUUGUGGGAAAAGAUCUCUAUAAGACAGACUACUAGAACAUUAAGGAUUUUAUGUGGGGUAAGUUUGGUCAGCUCUAAGGAUUUCAAUUAAUACGUAUUAAUACUUGCUAUUCAGCUAAUGAUAGUAAAAUUAUAAAAUAACUUUCGUAUACAUCAAUAAGUAUAUUACAAUAAGCCCAUCACCUAGAUGAAGGAAUUCACAAACUUUUCCAUAUUUCCUUUAUUCAGACCUCUGUUCUUUGCCUUGUCCUUUGUUGAAGUAUUUGACAGCAAAUCCCAGAAGACAAGUCAUUUUACCCUAUGUACUCAAGUAGGCAUGUCUGAAAAAUGAGGGUCUUUCCUUUGAUCAGGUUUUUCCAUUUGACCCAUGUGCUCGCUAAGUACCAGUUGUAUCAGGCAUCUCUCUAGGCUUUAGGGAUCCUUGGGGCAAUGAGACAGUCCUGGCUCCCAAGGAAGUUAAGGGCUGAUGGAAGAAACCAACACAGGAGCUUAGGUGCCUCACCUAAGUUCCCUGUGUGAUGAUACCAAUUGGACAAAAUUUGUGCACAGUACAGUGGGAUUCACAGAAGGGACUGGUCAGACUUGUAGGGCAGGCAGGGAGAGAGGCGGUCAGCAGGGCUACAAUAGGAGGAAUCGUUUGAUCAGAAUCUGAAAUCCUUUCCGCCAACCUUCCUACCAAGCCCCUAGGGCCCAUCACACACAACCCUGUGCUGUAACUGUUUUUGAUUCCUGUUACCACAUCUCCUUCAGGAAGGAUUUUAGGUGGAAAAUAUUUAAAAUCAGUAAUUGCUGCCAGAAGGGACAUAGAACAAGAAACAUGGAAACAACACAAUGUCCAUCAGCACAUGACUGGAUAAAGACGAGGUCAUACAUAUCUACAAUGGAAUACUACUCAGCCAUAAAAGAUGCCAUUUGCAGCAACAUGGAUGGACCUGAAGACUGUCAUUCUAAGUGAAGUGGGGUGGAAAGAGAAAGAAAAAUGCCAUAUGACUUCAUUUAUGAGGAAUCUAAAUUUAAUAACAAUAAUAAUAUGACCACCAAUGAACUAAUUAUUAUUUUGAUUUCUUGAAUUUGUGUAAGCACAUCUGACUGUCCUUUGUGAUUGGGUUACCAUAUUCUGUUUAUUAUUCUUUUGUAGUUGUCUUUAUUCCUCUGGUAACUAUGUAAGUUUAAAAAUCUAAAGCUCUAAUAUGUUCUUAGAAACAAUAAUUAGUACAUAUAUGUAAACUAAAAAAUGCAGUGUACUCUAUACAUGUAUUUACAUGCAAUAUGUGUAUGUGGAGUUGAACUGUAAUAAUUCUACCUAAUAAUACUGAAA